GUCGCGGCAAGUCCUUCCGUCUGAAGCUCCCGGCGCUCCUCGCCCUAGCCGGGAGCAAGCAGUCGCUCCCGCGUGGCGACCCGGAUGAGACCGUCGUAGUGGUGGAUCUGUCCAAGCCGAGCAGCGAGUCGGUGGCACUGGACGAGGUCGAGGCCUCGCUGCGGAGCUGCGAGGAAGAGGAGGAGGAAGGGGAGGAAGAGCGGCGGGGGGAGGAAGGGGGCGAGCAGGUCCCGCCGCUCACGCACUCCUCGCCGCGGAGGCCGAAAGCCGCGCUCUUCCCGCUCGAGGCGUCAUUCUCCAACUGUAGCCUGAGCCGCUCGCGCGAGAGUUGCUGCAGCGUCCGACGGGCGUCCUCGGUGGACGACAUCGAAGCCAUGAAGGGCGACGGGGAGAAAGGAUGGGCCCACAGCCGGCACGCCAGCGCAGGAGGGUCUGUCCACCCCGCCCGCAGCCCCCUGCUCAACUCCACCUCCGACUCGGAUCUCAUCCGCUACCGGGCCAUCAGUAAGAUCCCCCAGAUCACCCUCAACUUCGUGGACUUCAAGGCCGAAGCCUUCGGGGCCUCGCCGGGCGGCGCCGGCGCCGGCGGCGAGAAAGAGAUCAUCGCCCCCACCAAGCGGAAAGACCGGACUCACAAUGUGACCGAGAAGGUCACUCAG